AUGGAUUAUUUCCCUGAUGAGACCAAUUCAACGGACAUACACUCCCAGCCUUCGUAUAAGCCCCCAAUAAUUCUGUCCAUGGUCAUUCUCAGCCUCACUUUCUUAUUGGGAUUGCCAGGCAAUGGGCUGGUGCUGUGGGUGGCUGGCCUAAAGAUGAAGUGGACCGUGAACACUGUUUGGUUUCUCCAUCUCACACUGGCAGACUUUCUCUGCUGCCUCUCCUUACCCUUCUCCCUGGUUCACUUGGCUCUCCAAGGACACUGGCCUUAUGGUUGGCUCCUAUGCAAGCUCAUUCCUUCCAUCAUCAUCCUCAACAUGUUUGCCAGCGUCUUCCUACUGACUGCCAUUAGCCUGGACCGCUGCCUUCUGGUACUCAAGCCCAUCUGGUGCCAGAAUCACCGCAACGUGAGGACAGCCUUCGCCAUCUGUGGAUUUAUCUGGGUGAUGGCUUUUGCAAUGUGCAUACCUGUGUUCAUGUACCGGGAAACGAUCCCCAUAGACGACCAAACUAUGUGUGGCUACAAUUAUGGUAGCAAUAGCUCACCAGAUUAUUCAUACUACACUUUUGAUCAACUGGAAAAUGGAUCUCUUGACUAUUCCAAUGUUCAGUUGCUUGAAAAAAUGGUUGACAAGUCAGAUGCUUUCUCUUCACAAAGAAAUGAUCAUCCUUGGACAACUACCACUCUCCUCCAGUCUGAAACCUUUCAAAGACCUCCUGGAGAUUCAGUCCCUGUGGGUUCAACUAGAUUAUCUAAUCAACAUCCAUAUUAUAAUUUAAUUAAACCUGAUAAUGAGGCCUCCCCAACAACCCCCAUUGGCCUUCCCAUUGAAGAUCACAGAAUUAACUCACAGGAUGACUCUGAUGCUUUCCUCUCUACCGAUUUAGAACUUUUCUCUAAUACCUCUAGUAAUGCUGCAUACACAAUUGUGCCACCACAAUAUUUCCAGUACUAUACUUAUACUGAAGGACACUUUGAACCUAGCAAUAAAGUUCCAACACCGGAGGUGAUAAUAACCAUCACUAGGCUAGUGAUGGGUUUCCUGCUGCCCUGUAUUGUCAUGGUGACCUGUUAUAGUCUCAUUAUCUUCAAAAUGUGGGGUCGCUCGAUCAAGGCUCAGAGCAAAACCUUCCAGGUGGCCAUCGUGGUGGUGGUUGUCUUCAUUGUCUGCUGGGCCCCAUACCACAUUUUUGGAGUCCUCUUUUUGUUUUAUCACUCAGAGCAUGAAGGGAGCUUGAAGGAAGCUCUGCUAUCCUGGGACAGUGUGGCCAUUGCUCUAGCAUCUGCCAAUAGUUGCUUCAAUCCCUUCCUCUAUGCCCUUAUGGGGAAAAACUUUAGGGAGAAAGCAAGGCAGUCUGUGCAGGGCAUUCUGGAGGCAGCUUUCAGUGAGGGGCACACACAUUCUACCAGUUGUACUCAAAGCAAAGGCUUUUCUAAAACCAACACCAGCACAGCUGUGUGA